UCGAACACAAAUGGGCAGUAAAAAAAAAAAAAAUAAAAUAAAAAUAAAAAUAAUAUUUAUGUAUAUAUUAUUAUUAUUCCGAUGUGUAUCUCUACUACUAUAUACACUAUAUCGUAUGGGCCGUAUGGGUACCACCUACGUUUAAAAUUUUAUUCCAACAGUGUCGUUCAACAGUCGGCGGUAGUCAUCGCAAUUAAUAAAUAGUAUUUAUAAUAAUAAUGUAUAAUAAUAUCGUAAUCGUUACAGAUUAGAAUAUAUAUUAUGUUAUUGUUUUAAAUUGCGUAUUUGCGUGUUAUCCAAUCUCGACGACACAUUAAGCUGUGCGCCCAUCACGGUUUCAAUAUUACAAUUGAUAUCGUUUAUUCGUUUUUUUCUCCUCGAUUUACCAACCGUUAUUGUUUUGUUGUUUUACUAACCGUUAUUCACGCAUUGAUCUUGACAUGACGGUUCUUAAGAAAAAAAAACCUCAGGCCCUGUUAGAAGAAUGCGAACCUUCGUCGAGCACGCACGGCCAUGCCUUACCUCAUCCGACGACCCAAACUCAUUCUCAGAUAAAUGCAUUAGAUGAGCGAAUUAAGUCUCCUCAAAGAUGGUCUGUGGAAAAUAUUGAAAAUGUCUUAAGUUCAAAACAAUCAAAACGUAGGAUUCACCGUAGUCCCCAUAGAAAUACAAGAAAUGGUAAAGGAUGGGACAAUAGAUUAUCACAAAGUUCUGGUAUUUGUCAGUGUGGAGCCACUGACAUAAAUGGUCACUGUAAUUCAGACAAUUGUGGAUAUAAUAGUGAGGAUGAAUACGGUGAAAUCCCAAAGCAAUUUAAUGACAUGGAAUGGGCUGAGCAAGAUCGUAUCUUUGAAAAAAAGUUGAAGAAAUGUGAUUUGGUUUUGAAACAAAUGAAAGAUGACGGUGCAUGUCUGUUUAGAGCUGUAUCAGAUCAAUUAUUUGGUGACCAAGAUAUGCAUGAUAUAGUUCGUAAACAGUGCAUGGAUUAUGUUUCAAGCAAUAAAGAUUACUAUAUGCAGUAUGUCACUGAAGAUUUCAAUACAUAUAUUGCUCGUAAAAGACUAGACCGAACUCACGGAAACCACGUAGAAAUACAUGCUAUGUCUGAGUUAUAUAAUCGUCCAAUUGAGGUUUAUUGUUAUGAAAUUGAACCAAUAAAUAUCUUCAAUAGAGCUAAUGAAUCAGAGUCUUCUAAUCCACCAAUUAGAUUAUCUUAUCAAAGAGGAAGUCAUUAUAAUAGUAUUGUAGAUCCACAUAAAGCAACAAUUGGUAUAGGAUUAGGAUUACCAAGUUAUUCACCUGGUUCAGCCGAUAAAAAAUUAUUAACUGAUGCUGUUCGUCAAAGCGAAGAUUAUUUGUUAGAGCAGACAAUGUUAGAAGAUAAACUUAGAGCUACAGAUUGGGAAGCUACCAAUGAUACAAUUGAAGAACAAAUAGCACGUGAAAGUUAUUUACAAUUCUUAAAAGACAAUGAAAAAAGAAAUAAAAAAGAUAAAGAGUCAUCAGCAUCUUCAACUGCAACUUCUGCAUCUAUUGUCAAAUCAUAUCAAUCUCGAACUUCGCCCCCCAGAUAUUCAGUUGGACCUAAAACUCCACCUAAUUUAUCUCCUUGCAGAGAUUAUUCAGAAUUAGAAAAUCCAUCAUUUGUCACAUUACCUCCACAUCUUUUUGGCAUGUCUAAAUGGGAAGAUAUUGGUAUCUUAACAAAAGUUUUGGCCACUUCUCAACAAGAAUAUCUCGACAGUUUGAAAAGACAACGUGAUGAACAUAAAGAAGAAGGAGAUAAGAAAUGCUCAUAUGAUACAGACAAACCGUCUACUUCUCAAUGAAAUUUUAAAUAAUGAUAAUUUUGAUAAGAUAUACAUUAUGCAUUAUUAUUAAGAUCAACAUAUUUUUUUAAAAAUUAUUAUUUAAUCCAACAUGAGCCACUAUUAUCUAGCUUGGGUAGCUUCAAAAAGUACCUCAUUGUUUAUAUACUUUUCGUUCAAACUAAUUUCAUAUUAAUAUAAAUAAUUCUUUAUUCAUUUUAAUUGUUUAUUAUGUAAUUAAAACUUAAAAUACUUGAAUAGUAUAAUUCAAUUUAUUUUAAUUAAACUAAUUUUUCAGAAAAGUAAAAGUUUGAAUAAGAAAAAUGAGUUUUGUUUUUAAUAGCUUUUGUGGUUUCCGAGAUUAUAGAGUACUAACAAACUCGAUCUUUUUUGUAUAAUAUUAUAUGAUUACAAUAUAAUAUUAUAUAUUUUAAUUAAAUAUGUGUAUUAAUAAAAAUUAUAAAGAGGUAGUGAAGCUACUCAUGGUGGACUAGUGUAUGUAGUCUUACUUAAUUUAAUUGAUUUUUAUCUACCUUGGUAAUUAGUUAUAUAUUUUUUUAAUAUUCUGUAUUAUUAAAACACUUGCUGUGCUUGUUAAUAAAUUGCAUAACUAAGAUAAAAUAAUGGGGGUUUUUACCCACUUAGAUUUUAACACAAUUAGGAACAUAUUGAUUUUCCAUUGAAAAUUUAAAGUCUAUUAAUUUAAAAUUGUUUGACAUUGAAAUAAAAACCGUUCUAUAUUUUCUCCAGUAGUAUAAUUAAGAAAGAUCAGAGAGGAGCCUAAACAAUAGGACCUGAGUUAAUUUUUUUUAAAUUUCACUAUUGUAUUUGAUUUGUCUUAAAGAUUUUUAUAUUUUAUCAAUAUUUGAUAUCAAUUUUCCCUGUUUCAGAAAUUCUAUUUAAAAUAUUAUUAUACUCAGUGACCGAAUUAUUCACAAGUGACUUAACUACACAUCAGCAGGGCCUUAUUAUCAAAUUCUAAAUUCCUGUACCAAAUAUAUUUUCCAAAACUUCUUUUAAUCAAAUUUACUAUAAAUUAUUAAAAAAAGUCAAAUUCAUAAGCAAUUUGAUAAGAAUAAUGUCUUUAUUUUGUUAUUACAAUAUUAUUAUACAUAAAAAAGUAUAUUUUAAUUUGACUAAAUUGAGAAAAUAUACUUUUUUUAAAAUGACAUUUUUUAUGGGUGUUAAAAAGCCCAGCAAAUUUAGUUAUGACAUUGUUAAAAUUUAUUUUUAAGGCCAAUACAUCUCCAAAGAUAAAAUAGCAAGUGAAUUUAAUUGUUCUUGAUUUGUUGAUCUUUGUCAUGUCUUCAGUGAAUUUUCUUAUAACCAGACCUUUUUGCUUCUGCUGUGUUACCAAGUUUAUUUAUGAAAUUGAUGGAUUUGACGAUUCGGAUUUUGGUGUAUUACACAAUACUCAAUAAUUCUAGCUUGUUGCCUAGGUCGCUAGAUUUAAAAUAUAAAGAUCUAAUUAAUCUAAUCGAAAAUAGUUACAAUCCAUUACAAGUGAUGCAGUAGAUCUAAACAUGAUAUUUUCUAGGUAAUCAAUAGUUAACCUUCAUCUUAGAACAGGGGUCUCCAACCUACGGCCCGCCGGCCAGAUCCAGCCCGCCAAGCUAAUUAAUGUUUUGAUUGUUUUGAAAUAUAAAACAAAUUUUGAAUUAUAAAAUAAAAAAUUAUAUAAAUAAACAUACAUUUUUUUAAAUAAAUCUUAUCUAUUCUUAUUUAUUUCUCAAUUUCAUAACCUAUCUAUUCCUAGAUAGACAACAAUUUUUUUUUUUUUUUUUAACAACACAUUUCUAAAAAUGUUGGCCCGCGAUGCCAAAGCAUAUACCAAAUUUGGCCCACUGUAAAAGAAAGGUUGGAAACCCCUGUCUUAGAAUAUCAAAAUGACCGUCUAUAAUAUAUUGUAAAAUAUUAUUUUAUAAUAUUAUUAAAUAUAAAAUAAGUAUAAAUUAAUUACAACAAGCUCACAAGCUCCUAAAAUUGCUUGGCCCCUGUACUCUAGAUUCAACAGCUCUCUGUUGUGAGGGCCAUGUACAGCAGGAAUGUAGAUGUGAUUCAUUUGAUGAAUUACUUAAAUACAGUAGAAAUUAUUUAUAAUGACGUUCAAGGGACUAAGAAAAAUAGGUAAUAAUAACCAAAAUGAUGAAAAAAAAAUUGUAACCAAUACAUAUAGAAAAAAAGUAAAGAUACAACAUUUUAUUUAUUUAAAUUAAUUAAUUAAAUUGUUAUUUUAGUAUUAUUAAAUUUACAACAUUUUGUUAAAAAAAAAUCUGUUUUUUUAGAUAGAAUUUUAUAUAAAAAUCACACUUUAUUUUUUUCUAGUCCUUCAAAAUUGAAUUUGGACAAGAUUUUUCCAAUGUAACCAAAAAUAACAGUCAUAACAUCCGUAUACUCUUCAAUUAUCAUACAGACAUCAUAACAAUCGAUACAAAUUAGUACAUACAAAUAUACAAUAUAGGAGUUUUGCAGGGACCUUCAAUCUAAAGUCUUUACACCCAAUAUGUUGUUUCAACUGGUUUUAUUAUAAACGGUUUCUACUGUACUUUAAAUUUGAAUAAACAAAUUAUUAAAUUUAUAAAAAAAAAAACAAAAACCUUUUAAUUUUUUUUUAAGUUAUUAAUUUUCACCAACUAACUGUUAUCAAUGCUAGGAAUUUGGGAAUUUCAAGAAUUAACUUAUUUUCUAGCUUUGUUAGUUUUUUUUUAACUUUGUUUACCUAGCUUAGCUUAAACUAAAUUGAAAAAAAAAUUUAAUUAGCCCACCUUUAGCUCUAAUGUAUUUUUAUUUUGAGUGAAGUAUAAUUAAUAUUUUAUAUUGAUUUAUAUUGAUUAACUUUGUUUUUUAUUAUAACUCACAAGUAUUGCCUUAUUAGCUUUAUUUUAGUUUUGCCUUUGUAUUUAGUUAUCGAUGGGUCAUAAGUUCAUGUACUAAAAAACACUUAGAUAUAUAUGCAACUAUGCUUCUAAAAAUGUUCAAAUAUGCAGUAAAAAUCGUUUAUUAUCUCGUUAAAAUUUAGACUCAUUGACACUUUCUUGACAAAUAUGUUUACCUGUAUGACAUUUCUAUCCAAUACACUACAUUGAUUGGUUUCAAAGUUCUUACAACUACACAUUUGUUACUAUAUAUAUUUUUUGUUAUUAAUACUGAAAGUCAUUAUUAGUGUAAAAACCAAAAAUACACUGUUAAACUUAUAGUGAACCCAUUUUUCGUUACUUAUUAUUUUAUUUGCAAUGUAAUUUAAGAAAAUUUUAUAUAAUAUUAUGUCUUUAAAUAAUGUAAACAAUUCUGAAGGAAAAGAUCUAUUAAUGUUCACAGAGCAUACUUUUAAAAAGAUCACACAAAAAAUAAAAAAAUUUUUUUUUUGGAAAUAACCUACACUAUACUGGCAUAUGCUAUAGAAGGCACUUACAAAAAAUAAUAAGCUAUUUUCUUAUUAUAUUUUUAUUUACAUUAUCUAUAUAUCAAUUUAUUUUUAUAUAUUUUAAAUUAAUUUUAUUAUCUUUACGAAUUAAGUCGAUUUAAAUUUUAAAAAUAUAAUGUAUUGGAUGGGAAAAUAUAAUAUAAAACGGAGAAAUACCUUAUGAGGAAAUGUUCUAACAUUGUACUAAAAACUUAGAUAUGUAUGCAAUCAUGCUCCUUAAAGCACUGAAAUAUGCAGUAAGUAUAUUUUAUUAUACUUUAAAAACUUGUAAAUCUAUAAAAACCAUUAUUUUUAAAUAAUAACUCAUCUUUUUUCUAUCUCAAAACAAUUGUUCUAUGGUUGGUAUAUAAAAAUCACCUAUUUUAAUUGCAGUUUGUAAAUAACUUUUUUAAGUACUUUAUUUAUAUAACUAUAAUUAAAAUAACUACAAUUUGAGCUAUGACUAUGUAUUUUAAUAUUAGUAUGAAAUGAAUGUAAAAUUGUAGUAUUUAUUAUAGUAUUACUUAGAUUGUGUUAAUAAACGUGAUGAUAGUAAUAAUCAUGUUACUACUAUGAAAAUAUUAUCUUAUGUGCCUAGUUACAUAAAUAAUCACUCGAUCAAUGAAUCAAUAAGUUACUGAUCACUAAAAUAUGAAAACAUGAUUAAAGGACUCACAAUUUGUCUUUUAUAUUUAGUGGGCAUUAUUCAAUUUUUUAUGCAACUCUGUGUUAAAAAAUACAACAAGGCCAUAGUGACAUAUACACGAGAGGGAAGAGUUUUAACAUGCAUGGUCCGUAUAUUAUGGCAUACUUAUACAUAUUUUCUAAAAUAUCAGGUGUUUGACAAGUUAGCAAGAAAAUCCAUAAAAUAAAAUAUUGUUCUAUAAAAAAGUAUCUCUGUAAACAAUAUUAUAAAUAACAUAUUUUGAAAUAUAUAUUAUUAAAUAUAAUCCUUUCCUCCAUUAAUUAUUCAAAAUAUCUAUGUAUGUCACUAUGAGGAUGUAAAACUUUAGGUAUAAUACAAUGAUACAUUUUAAAUUUUGAGAUAUAAAUGACACUAGAAUACAAUUAUGGUAUUGGAAGUACUUUUAUGUCAGACUACGGACUGUCUACGGUCUAAUUUUAUUUAUUUGUAUGUAUUAUGAAACUAUGUUGGGUUUCUGUAAUAUUAACUAAAAAUAAUAAUAUAAUAUUGUGAUAAUAAUAAUAAUUUUGGAUUAUAAUAUAGGUUAGUAUAAUUAUAAUUUAUAAUACAUAUUAUGCUGGGUUGUAUAAAAAAAUUGAUUUAUUAAAUAAUAAGUGGUUGUUCAUGUGACCUGGUAAUAGUGUAAUUUUAUUGAUACAUUUUUCUAGAGAUAUAUGUAUUUUUGAUAAAGGUAAUUUUAUGUUUGUUUUGUUUUGAGUUAUUUGUCAUGUAUUUAUAGUGAAUGUUUAGUUCUAAACAUCACAAUGUUAUUAUUAAUUAUGCAUAAAAAUACACAAUAGUAUUUAUAAC